GGCGCGGCGACGAGUGACAAGGUGUCAGGGAAGGGGGGGCCAAGCGCUCAGUCCGCUGCCGACCGCCGAACGAAACGCACGUGUUUAAUGUGAACGGAUAUGACGGAUUAGUGGAGUGAAGUGCUGUGUGUGAUUAAUCUUUUAAGCUGGAUACUAACGGAUUGUGGGGCAACAUGCUCACGUCAAGCAAUCAGUAUUUACGGCCGGAUUAUCUGUCGCCUUUACCUACUACGCUCGACGCGAAAAAGAGCCCGCUGGCGCUCCUCGCGCAAACCUGCAGCGCCAUCGGCGCGGACACGCCGAACCCCAAGCUUAUCUCCGCUGCGGAAAAAGCCAGCAAGAAAUAUGAAGACAAACCGCAUAUGGAUAGCAAGCCCAGCUUCAAGCCUUACGAGUCGUGCCUCACUGCGAGAGAAAAGACUAGAACGCCGGAGGACAGAGCGUCAUCCGUAAAUGCUCACUCUAAGACGCCUUCCUCCAAAGGUAGCGCGUCAACAACCCCUGUGCAAGCGCGCUGCGGGAGCAACCAGAGUUCAUCCUCUCAGAGAACCUCGCCGCCCGUUAAUCACAAAACGCCGUCAGAAAAAUCAGACGAACGGUCGAGUCCUCUACAUGGCUCUCCGAACCCAACCAAAUCGGACUCUGCUAGUAAUUCAUCCACAUCCAAGUUACCCUUCACGCCAACCAGUCUAUCGUCCAGUGCUGACACCAAAGAACCUUCAUGCUUCAAACCGAGCGUACCUGUCACAUCAUCAGCUUUUCUAGGAGGCUUGCCACACACAGGCUUUCCUUUACACAUGGAUUUAAUGACGAGCAGUCUUAUGGCAGCGCAGCAUCAUGCACUGAAAAACGGGUUGAACCCGUAUCUAGCUUACGCGAGAAUGAAAGCGCCAGGAGGAGAUCUUGGAGUGUGCAGAGAUCCAUAUUGCACGGGUUGUUCGUUGAGUUCGCACUUGCUCAAGUCUGCGGUAUGCCCGGCUGGGUGCACGCAAUGCGACCACGCGAAGACUCCGUUCCCGUUACCGACUAGUCACCCCGCGGCUGCGGCCUAUGCGCACGCUCAGCUGGCUGCUUUGGCGGCUGCAUCUCAGCUGCCUUUUGUCUGUAGCUGGAUGGCCGGAGAUUCCGCUUAUUGUGGGAAGCGGUUCUCGACGUCCGAGGAGCUACUGCAGCAUUUACGUUCGCAUACUGCCAGCGGAGAAUCGAGUCCAAGCCUGUCGAUGCUCAGCGCGACGCACCCAUUGCUGCAGCGGACGUACCCGACUCCGCCGCUGUCACCGCUCACGCCGCGAUUCCACCCGUACAGCAAGCCGUCGCACCUGGUGUCGUCGCCGCCGCUGUUCUCGCUGCCCCCGCAUCCAUCGCUGGCCGCCUACUUCCCGUCGUACCCGCUGUUCGGGCCGCGGCCGCUGCACCCGUGAGGUGCGGCGGCGCUCCAACACAAGAAAGGGGGCGCCGACCGCUAACGCCCAAGCCAAAAGGACAUUCGCAACCGAGGAUCGUGUAAAUAUAUCGUAGUGUUCCGAGGUUCUAGUCGGCUCAUAUCAUCGACGAAGCCCGCGAGGGCCGCGCAGCUGUGAUCUCUACUCGUAAUGUAUGUUAUAGUGCACUGAUUAUUGUGAGAGCUCAUCUGUAAAUCAUGCUGUACAUAUUCGGGCAUACCUAUUAGUUUAAUGCUCGACGCUAGUGCUUUAGAUAGUGGUUCAGUGUUAUUGCAAAACGUCAUGGAUUGCCCUGGAGCAUUUUGGUCAGGUAUGCCCUAUGUAUGGCCAAUUUAAGCUUUGAAUCGCGCAAGCGUUUAUUUUCUAGUUAGACUAACAAAAUUUUUAUGUACCAAAUCUAUAGAUGUAAUUUAAAUAGUUUUUUUUUCAAUAAGUUGUUGCAAAUUAGAAUUGUUAAUUUGUGUUUGUAUUAUUAAAUCUGUUCUUGUUAAAAAUGCACAAACGAAUCCCUGUCUAAUUUCGUAAUGAAACAGGUAAUCGUUCGGGUAUUUUGAAUACAAGAGUAUGUAUCCAUUAGACAUUUAAUCAGAUCCUUCGACACAAAGGACGGUUUGCGGCAAA